UAAACCGGUACCACUGCAAAUUUCACUCCUUAACCUUUCAUUUUAGCAUGUCAGAUAACAACGAUAUUGCGUAAAGGAAAUCACGAAAUAGUCAACAAAAUCUACUUAUGAUAAGUACAAUAAACGGAGAAACGAAUUUAGGGAACACAAAUAGUCUAGAAACAUGGGUAAAGCGAAAAAAGGUCGUAAAGGAAAGAAGGGAGACGAAAGCGAAUCCGAUAUUGAUAUCGGCAACGAUGAGGUUGAGGACAAUGUGAAAACCAAGGCAAAUAAGCAACCAGAUACGGUGGACGAAAGUGAUAAACCUAAGAAGAAAGUUAACAAGAAAAAGGAAAAGAAAGUUGCCUCUGACUCUGAAGACGAUGAGGAGGAAGUUAAAGUUCCAGUUAAGAAAGUCCAGAAAGGUUUCGCUUGCUUAGAAGUAGAUUCUGACUCGGAUGUUUCACAGCCUCCGCCACCAGAAGAUGAUAGUGAUAGUGAAAAACCUGUGAAAAAAAACAAAAGUAAAGGUGGCAAUAGUGAUGAGCGGACUAAAGAAGGGAAAAAGGGAAAGAAGGCUAAACGAAAGAAGAAUGAAAGUGAUGAUGAUAUUGAAAAGGCUUUAGCAGAAUUGGAAUUAGAAUAUUCUGGUGUGAAGGUUGAACCGAAACCUGAAGAAGAUACACCACUGCCAGAGAAAGCAAAAAAAAAUAAAAGUAAAGAAACUCCUGCAUCAGAACCAGCUGAAAAAGAGCAAUCAGCUGAGAAGGAUGAUGAAGAAAUUGGAACAGGCACUGUUAAGACUGCUGCUCAAAAGAAAAAGGAAAAGAAAGAGAGAGAAAAGUUGAAGAAGCAAGCUGCUAAGAAGGAAUCCAAAAAGGAUGAUUCUGAAGAUAAACCGGAGGUUGUGGAAGAUGCAAAAGUUGUAGAAGAAACGGCUGAACCUAUUGAAGAAAAAGUAGAUGAAGAUGAUAAAAUAGACAAGGACAGUAAGAAGAAAAAGAAGAAGAAGGGUGCAAAGGAUGAAGAAAAGGAUGCUAAAGAUGCCAAGAAAGGUCCUGGCAAAAAAACAAUUGCUGCCAUGCAAGAAGCUCUCAAGAAAUUGCGCGAGGAAGAGGAACGAGCCUUGCGUGAAGAAGAAGAAAGAAUAAAGAGAGAGGAGGAAGCAGAAGAAGCACGUUUGGAAGCUUUGAGAUUGGAACAGGAACGCAAAGACAAAAAGAAAAAGAAGGACAAGGAGCGGCGUGAACGGUUAAAGGCAGAAGGAAAGUUAUUAACACCUAAACAAAAGGCUGAUCGCGCCAGAGCUCAAGCUCUAAUUGAUGCAAGGAAAGCUCAAGGUAUUGAUUUGCCGGAUAUCGGCGAAAAGAAACCUAGAGCAUCCUUCAAGAAAAGUAAAUUUAAACAUCAACGCAGUGAAGACAAAGAAAUCAAAAAUGUAGAACCGAAAGUAGAGGAUAAGCCGGCCGAGACUGAAAUAGUUGAAAAACCUGUCGAGGAACCAAAGUCUGAUGAUGAUGUUAAGGAUACCUGGGAUGCUGAAAGUUCAGAAGAAGAAGAAAGUGAGGAAGUUUCUGCACCUAUAGAAACGGUUGAUGCUAAAACUACCGCAAAGAAAGAUUCAACUCAAUCGAAGAAGGAUGAAACAAGUGAUGACAGUGAAGAAGAUGAUUCUGAUGAUGAUGACGACGACGAUGAUUCUGAUGACUCCGAAGAUGAGACAGAUCGUCGCAAUGAUGCUGAAAAACGUCGCGACAAAGCUAUCGCUCGUAUUGAAGAAAGGAAAAAAGAAGCGGAAAAAACUAAAUCUGUCGAUAAUUUACGUGCUGCUGUUGUAUGUGUUCUUGGGCACGUAGAUACAGGGAAAACCAAGAUUUUGGAUAAACUUAGAAGAACUAAUGUUCAGGAUGGUGAGGCCGGUGGAAUUACUCAACAGAUUGGUGCCACAAAUGUACCAAUUGAAAAUAUCAUUGAGAACAUAAAAAAUGUCAAAGGGGCUUCUGAGAUGACACUAAAAAUCCCAGGUUUAUUGAUCAUCGACACACCUGGUCACGAGUCUUUCAGCAAUUUGAGAAGCAGAGGUUCAUCUUUAUGCGAUAUUGCCAUCCUCGUAGUCGAUAUUAUGCACGGUCUGGAACCGCAAACUAUUGAAUCCUUGAAUUUGUUGAAAAAUAGAAAGACACCUUUCAUUGUGGCUUUAAACAAAAUCGAUCGGUUGUACGAUUGGCAGACAAUGAACAGGAAAGAUGUCAGAGAUAUCAUUAAAGGUCAAGCUCCAAAUACUCAAGUUGAAUUUGAGCAAAGGACAAACGCUGUAAUAGUACAGUUUGCUGAACAGGGUCUGAAUGCAGCCCUAUUUUAUGAAAAUCCAGAUGUUAGAAGUUAUGUUAGUUUAGUACCUACUAGUGCAGUAACUGGAGAAGGUAUGGGAAAUUUGCUGGCAUUAAUUGUUGAAUCAUCACAGAAUAUGUUGGCAAAACGUUUGAUGUACUCUGAUGAACUUCAGGCUACCGUUUUGGAAGUUAAAGCCAUUUCUGGCUUAGGUACCACAAUUGACGUUAUUUUAAUAAAUGGUACAUUGAGAGAAGGUGAUACUAUGCUAUUGGCUGGUACCGAUGGACCCAUAGUUACACAAAUCAGAUCUUUGCUUAUGCCUCAACCUAUGAAGGAAUUGAGAGUUAAGAAUGCGUAUAUUGAGUAUAAAGAAGUGAAGGCUGCCCAGGGUGUGAAAAUAGCAGCUAAAGAAUUGGAAAAGGCCAUUGCUGGUUUGAAUUUGUUCAUUGCUCAUAAACCGGACGAAGUGGAUAUACUCCGGGAAGAGGUGGCAAGGGAAUUAAAAUCUGCUCUCUCCAAUAUUAAGUUACAGGAGCGCGGUGUCCAUGUCCAAGCAUCCACUUUAGGAUCAUUGGAAGCUCUGUUGGAGUUUUUGAGGACCAGCAAGAUUCCCUAUUCUGGAAUCAGGAUUGGUCCGGUAGUGAAGAAAGAUGUAACGAAGGCUUCAGCUAUGCUAGAGCACGAUAGCCAAUACGCAACAAUUUUGGCCUUUGAUGUGAAGAUUGAACGUGACGCUCAGGAGUUGGCCGACACCUCGGGUGUGAAAAUCUUCCAAGCCGACAUUAUUUACCAUCUCUUUGAUAAGUUCAUGUCGUAUCGCGAAGAACUCAAGCAGAAGAAACGCGAAGAGUUCAAACACAUCGCCGUGUUCCCAUGCAAAUUGAAGAUCUUGCCACAGUUCAUCUUCAAUUCCCGUGAUCCCAUCGUCAUGGGCGUCAUGAUUGAAGCAGGUAUCGUGAAGGAAGGAACACCGAUCUGCGUCCCGAGCAAAGAGUUUGUUGAAUUGGGCUUUGUAACAAGUAUCGAAAACAACCACAAGAAUGUCGAGACCGCCAGGAAAGGAAUGGAGGUUUGUAUUAAAAUUGAACCGAUUCCUGGAGAAUCACCUAAAAUGUUUGGCCGCCAUUUUGACGAAACCGAUAUGCUCGUUAGCAAGAUUUCGAGACAAUCGAUCGACGCUUGUAAGGACUACUUCAGAGAUGACCUCGUGAAGACCGACUGGCUUUUGAUGCAAGAACUCAAGAAGACCUUCCAGAUCUUGUAAAGAGCGAACGACCUAACAAAACAAAAAAAA